ACGUCACCGAGGGGUGAUGUAAUGCUUCUCUUAAUAGAACGUAUUGUAAUCUUUUCUCAGUCCAACGUGGUUCCUUCUGAGAGUCUGCUGCGUAUUUUCUACACUUGUUUGUCUUAUGAGGAGUUGGUGAGAGAGAGUGAUGAACUCUGAGCAGGAAAGGCUGUUUAUGUGCAGUGCCCCUGGCUGUUCUCAGCGAUUCCCCACAGAGGACCACCUGAUGAUUCACCGGCAUAAGCAUGAGAUGACUCUGAAGUUUCCCUCCAUAAAGAUCGACAGCAUGUUAUCAGACCAGACGCCGACCCCGACGCGCUUCCUGAAGAACUGUGAGGAGGUGGGUCUGUUCAGCGAGCUGGACUGUUCUAUAGAACAGGAGUUCAGGAAGGCCCAGGAGGAAGAGGACAACAAACAGGUAGACAAGAUGACAAAUAUCUCUCUACAUGGCCAGAACCUCCAGAACCAGCAGCAUCACUCUCGGAUGGGGAACCAUGACAACAGCAUAGUGAUCCAGCAGGGCCUGCCCUCUCCCCAGUCCAGCUCUGUCAUCACCCAGGCCCCCUCCACCAACAGACAGCUAGGGCCUGUCCCUGGCUCCCUGUCAUCACUACUGCACCUACGGAACAGACAGAGACAGCCACUGCCUGCCUCCAUGGCUGGAACCCUGCCAGACCCCACCAUGCAAGGCUCCUCUGUACUGAUGCCUAUGGAGAGGCAGAUGUCUAUGUGUUCCAGUAUGAUGGGUAUGCAGGGCCCCAACCAUCCCAGCUCCUGUUCCUCACCUCACGGACCCUCCAUGCACUCUGAGGCCAAACUGAGGCUGAAGGCGGCGCUCGCGCACCACCCGGGAGCCAUCGCCAACGGCAACAUGAACAGCAUGGGUCACAUGAUGGAAAUGAUGUCAUCGCGGCAGCAGCAGGAGCAGGGGGGCGGCCACCACCACCUUCACCCCUCCCACCCUCACCAGCACCUGCCGGCUCCGCCCCACAGCCACGCCUACCAGCACCACCCCCACCAUCACCACAGCGGCCACAGCCAGGGCGGGCACGGCCAGGGCGGGCACCACCACCCACAGGGCCACAACCCCCAUCACAACUCCCACCCGCCUCAUCUCCACCCUGGACACCCACACCAGACCUCACCCCCGCCUCACCUCCACCCUGGACACCCACACCAGACCUCACCCCCGCCUCACCUCCACCCUGGACACACACACCAGACCUCACCCCACCCUCCACUUCAUUCUGGACCAGGGUCACAUUCACAGUUGUCGCCGGCGGCCCAGCAGAUGCAGCCGAGCCAGACGAUGCAGUCUCCGACCCCUAGCGGUGGGCGCCGCAGGCGGACGGUGGACGAGGACCCUGACGAACGGCGACGGAAGUUUCUGGAGAGAAACCGAGCGGCGGCAACGCGAUGCAGACAGAAGAGGAAAGUAUGGGUGGUGUCACUGGAGAAGAAGGCUGAAGAGCUGACCCAGACCAACAUGCAGCUUCUGAAUGAGGUGACCAUGCUGAAGAACGAGGUGACCCAACUCAAGCAGCUCCUCCUCACCCAUAAAGACUGCCCCAUCACCACUCUGCAGAAAGACCCCCAAGGUUACCUCAGUCCAGACAGCAGUCCAGCAGGCAGCCCGGCCCCAGCCUGCUCCCAGCAGCAGGUCAUCCAGCACAACAACAUCACCACCUCCAGCACAGCUGUAGGGGGCAGCACUGUGCACGGCCUGCCCAACCACCGCACAGACAUCAACCCCAUCCACUAGAGACAAGACAGAGAGAGACUACAGUACCCCCCCAGUCGGUACCCCAAACCCCCAAGCCGUACCCCCCGCCCCCAACCCCUACCUCCAGUCCGUAACCCCAGCCCCCAACUUGUACCCCCAGCCCGUACCCGUACCCGUACCCCCAGCCCCAUCCCAUCCCUGGUCUAACCCCCCUUCCCUGGCUCUCUGAGGGCUGUCUGUCUGUCAGUACGGGACGGGCGGCAUCACACACUGCCUCCAUCUCCAGGACCGGGUACAGAGAAACCUCUGGAGGGAAACCUCUGGAGAGAAACCUCUGGAGAGAAACCUCUGGAGAGAAACCUCUGGAGAGAAACCUCUGGAGGGAAACCUCUGGAGAGAAACCUCUGGAGAGAAACCUCUGGAGAGAAACCUCUGGAGGGAAACCUCUGAAGAGAAACCUCUGGAGAGAAACCUCUGGAGGGAAACCUCUGGAAGGAAACCUCUGAAGGGAAACCUCUGAAGGGAAACCUCUGAGCGAAAACUCUGGAUGGAAACCUCUGGAGAGAAACCUCUGGAGAGAAACCUCUGAAGAGAAACCUCUGGAGAGAAACCUCUGAAGAGAAACCUCUGAAGAGAAACCUCUGGAGAGAAACCUCUGAAGAGAAACCUCUGAAGAGAAACCUCUGAAGAGAAACGUCUGGAGAGAAACCUCUGGAGAGAAACCUCUGAAGAGAAACCUCUGAAGAGAAACCUCUGGAGAGAAACCUCUGGAGAGAAAUCUCUGGAGAGAAACCUCUGGAGAGAAACCUCUGAAGAGAAACCUCUGGAGAGAAACCUCCGAAGAGAAACGUCUGAAGAGAAACCUCUGGAGGGAAACCUCUGGAGAGAAACCUCUGGAGAGAAACCUCUGGAGAGAAACCUCUGGAGAGAAACCUCUGAAGAGAAACCUCUGAAGAGAAACCUCUGAAGAGAAACCUCUGGAGAGAAACCUCUGAAGAGAAACCUGGGAGGCCUGCAGGGCUGCUCUUUCUACAGUAGCUAUAGUAGUAUUUUUAUAGACCUUUUUAACUAAUAUGUGUUCUCUGGGUUUGUCUUCGUUCUUAUUUGUCUUCUAUUUUUAUCUCAUGUUUUUAACUAUUUUUUAUUUUUUUAUUUGUACUUUAGUUAAAAGGGAGUUUUGCAAUUCAUGCAACAUUAACCCGUGUGGUGUUUUUGUGAUGUCAUACCUCUGUUAGACCGACACCCCCACCGGGUCACUGUAGUGACACAGCAACGGGACAUGAGCCUCAAACCGUCACCUCUGUGACCAUCCCUAACGUCACCUCUGUGACUAUGUCUGCGUCUCAAAUGGAACAUUUUCCUCUAUAAAGGCCACUACUUUUGACCAGAGCCUUAUGGGUAAAUGCCAUUUGGGACGAUAAUCUUGUAUGUGUGCUUGUGACUGAUGGCUUGACUAGCAGAGAUUGAGUCUGAGUACCUCUGUCAGAUAAGUAUGUGUCAGAUAGUUACUGUGUUGAAUAGUGCAAUGUUCUGGUUACAUGUGUAACAUACAGGGUAUGUAGUGUCGUAUGUAGGUACUUGAUCAGAUGCUUAGCUAAGAAAGUGUGUGGGAUGCUACUGCCUCCAUGUUGUUGUUGUUGAUGUUGUUUUUAACCAAGUCGAACUGUUGCCAUGAUAUGCUAUUACUUGGUUACCCACCGGAAUCUGGUGUUUCUAUUGAAUUAUGCUCUUUUUCUAGAAAGGACCAUGACUGUUACCCUAGCAACCCUUUGAUGCUAUUUAGAGGGCGUUACAUGUAAUGAAAGAUUGAACGGUGUUGAGAAUAUGUUCAAAUUGAAGCAAUACAUCCUAGUAUUGUUGUUCUAUCAGCCAUAUUGCCCUGCACUGUGACACCAGCUAGCCGAGGCCGCUCUGGAGGCUGUCCCCUGACCGCUGUCUCCUCCCCUCUCCUGGAGGCUGUCCCCUGUCUCCUCCACUCUCCUGGCGGCUGACCCCUGACCGCUGUCUCCUCCCCUCUCCUGGAGGCUGUCCCCUGUCUCCUCCACUCUCCUGGAGGCUGACCCCUGACCGCUCUCGCCCACACUCUCCUGGAGGCUGACCCCUGUCUCCUCCACUCUCCUGGAGGCUGUCCCCUGACCGCUGUCUCCUCCACUCUCCUGGAGGCUGUCCCCUGACCGCUGUCUCCUCCACUCUCCUGGAGGCUGUCCCCUGACCGCUGUCUCCUCCACUCUCCUGGAGGCUGUCCCCUGACCCCUGUCUCCUCCACUCUCCUGGAGGCUGUCCCCUGACCGCUGUCUCCUCCACUCUCCUGGAGGCUGUCCCCUGACCGCUGUCUCCUCCCCUCUCCUGGAGGCUGACCCCUGACCGCUCUCGCCCCCACUCUCCUGGAGGCUGACCCCUGACCGCUCUCGCCCCCACUCUCCUGGAGGCUGACCCCUGUCUCCUCCACUCUCCUGGAGGCUGACCCCUGACCCCUGUCUCCUCCACUCUCCUGGAGGCUGACCCCUGACCGCUCUCACCCCCACUCUCCUGGAGGCUGUCCCCUGACCGCUCUCGCCCCCACUCUCCUGGAGGCUGACCCCUGUCUCCUCCACUCUCCUGGAGGCUGACCCCUGACCGCUCUCGCCCACACUCUCCUGGAGGCUGACCCCUGUCUCCUCCAAUCUCCUGGAGGCUCACCCCUGACCCCUGUCUCCGCAAUUCUCCUGGAGGCUGACCCCUGACCCCUCCACUCUCCUGGAUGCUGACCCCUGUCUCCAUUCUCCUGGAGGCUGACCCCUGACCCCUGUCUCCUCCACUCUUCUGGAGGCUUACCCCUGACUCCUCCACUCUCCUGGAGGCUGACCCCUGACCCGUCUCCUCCACUCUUCUGGAGGCUUACCCCUCUCUCCUGCACUCUCAUGGAGACUGACCCCUGACUCCUCCACUCUCCUGGAGGCUGACCCUGUCUCCUCCACUCUCCUGGAGGCUGACCCCUGUCUCCUCCACUCUCCUGGAGGCUGACCCCUGACCCCUCCAUUCUCCUGGAGGCUGACUCCUGACCCCUGUCUCCUCCAAUCUCCAGGAGGCUGACUCCUGAACCCUGACCCCUCCACUCUCCUGGAGGCUGACUCCUGACCCCUGUCUCCUCCACUCUCCUGGAGGCUGAUUCCUGACCGCUGUCUCCUCCACUCUCCUGGAGGCUGACUCCUGACCCCUGUUUCCUCCACUCUCCUGGAGGCUGACUCCUGACCCCUGUCUCCUCCACUCUCCUGGAGGCUGACUCCUGACCCCUGUCUCCUCCACUCUCCUGGAGGCUGACUCCUGACCCCUGUCUCCUCCACUCUCCUGGAGGCUGACUCCUGACCCCUGUCUCCUCCACUCUCCAGGACCAAGUAAAGCUUUAAGAGACAUCUCCUUUAGUGUAGUUCUAGUGUUGCUGCAGCCAGGCUUCCAGAAUCAGCGGCACAUUCCAAAUGACCUGAACAUUCCAGAUAUGAGCCUUGCGUUGUCCUCUGUCUGCCUCAAUAUCUCAGGUGGGGUUGUCAUACUGUAGGCGACAUAUAGAGAGAGAUAUGAGGCGAGAGAGUUGAUUGAUUCUAUGCUUUUGUAGUCUGACUGUCAGUGUGUGUUUGACAGUUAAAGAAUGAUUGGCUGAGUUUCUAUCCCUUUAUAAUGAAAAGGUCUUACUACCAUCUCUAACGAGGCUCAGCAGUUUUAGCCGAAUGCUUUCCAAAACAUCACAACGUGCCUGAACUUCUCUGUCUUUUUUUAUUACUAAAUGGAAUGUCAAUUGUUUCAAAUACCUUUUAAUCAUCAUGAACUUUUCCAUUGAGCUAUCAAGCCUUUAUAAGUCAUUGUUUCCCCCAGUAUCGGUGAGUGUAGCGUUGAUGGACACUGUGUGUCUGCUGUUGGUGUGUUUUUAUGCCAUUUAGCAGAGGCUUUUAUUCAAACCAUGUAGUCAUGAUUGCAUUCUUUAUGUGUGGAUGGUCACGGGAAUCAAACCCACUAUCCUGUUGUUACAAGUGUCAUGCUCUACCAACUGACCUACAGAGGACCAGUGUGUUGUCAGGGAGUUUAGUCUGUCAGGGCAAAACCAGCUGGCUGACUGACCAGGGAGGAAAAAGCUGACCUUCCGUCUAACCUCUGACCUCUCCAUUCCAGCUCCAACCCAGCUGUCCCACAGACAGGCUGACAUGUCACUGUGUGUGUGUGUGUGUGUGUGUGUGUGUGUGUGUGUGUGUGUGUGUGUGUGUGUGUGUGUGUGUGUGUGUGUGUGUGUGUGUGUGUGUGUGUUUUCCAUCAACACAUCUUCCAACAGCCCUAACCAGUAGGAAAGCUCAAUAUUCACUUUAGUUUUGACCACAACUCUGUCAUGCUUGCUCAAGUCACCCCUUAGUUAGCACUGAUCUAGGAUCAGCUUACGCUCCCCAUAUCCAAACCUAAACCAUAUCCAAACCUAAACUAUUAGUGGAGGGGGAUUCUAAACAGACCGUAGCUCAGUGUCUGGGAGAAACUCCACUUUUCCCUGAACAUGUUGAUACUUUAGCAGGACUAGUAGUACCUAUGACUACAUCCUUUAGUAGGAGUGAGCCAAGCAGCUCUACAGCCAGGUGAGCUAGAGAGACAUCAUGUAGCUGUCUAUGCACUUUGACCUCUGGGAUAUCCAGAGGAUGGAAAAGCCAUAUUGAGGUCUCAGUGAUGCCCGGUUCAAUACACCAGCGAGACUCUGUGUGACUGACUCUUGCUCUGUAGAGAGACUGACUGUUGAUCUGUAGCGAGACUGACUGACUAACUGUUGAUCUGUAGAGAGACUGACUGAUGCUCUGUAGAGAGACUGACUAACUGUUGAUCUGUAGAGAGACUGAAUGAUGCUCUGUAGAGAGACUGACUGACUGUUGAUCUGUAGAGAGACUGACUGACGUACUGAUGCUCUGUAGAGAGACUGACUAACUGUUGAUCUGUAGAGAGACUGAAUGAUGCUCUGUAGAGAGACUGACUGACUGUUGAUCUGUAGAGAGACUGACUGACGUACUGAUGCUCUGUAGAGGGACUGUUUCUCUGUAGAGACUGACUGCAUGGCAGGGACUGUUUCUCUGUAGAGACUGACUGCAUGGCAGUGACUGUUUCUCUGUAGAGACUGACUGCAUGCCAGUGACUGUUUCUCUGUAGAGACUGACUGCAUGGCAGUGACUGUUUCUCUGUAGAGACUGAGUGACUGUUUCUCUGUAGAGUGACUGCAUGGCAGUGACUGUUUCUCUGUAGAGACUGACUGCAUGGCAGUGACUGUUUCUCUGUAGAGACUGACGGCAUGGCAGUGAAUGUUUCUCUGUAGAGACUGACUGCAUGGCAGUGACUGUUUCUCUGUAGAGACUGACUGCAUGGCAGUGAAUGUUUCUCUGUAGAGACUGACUGCAUGGCAGUGAAUGUUUCUCUGUAGAGACUGACUGCAUGGCAGUGACUGUUUCUCUGUAGAGACUGACUGCAUGGCAGUGACUGUUUCUCUGUAGAGACUGACUGCAUGGCAGUGACUGUUUCUCUGUAGAGACUGACUGCAUGGCAGUGACUGUUUCUCUGUAGAGACUGACUGCAUGGAAGUGACUGUUUCUCUGUAGAGACUGACUGCAUGGCAGUGAAUGUUUCCCUGUAGAGACUGACUGCAUGGCAGUGACUGUUUCUCUGUGGAGACUGACUGCAUGGCAGUGACUGUUUCUCUGUGGAGACUGACUGCAUGGCAGUGACUGUUUCUCUGUGGAGACUGACUGCAUGGCAGUGACUGUUUCUCUGUAGAGACUGACUGCAUGGCAGUGACUGUGCCUAAUGGUGGGGCUCCACAGGGUGCUCCUUAUAAAGCUUUAAACAUGUACCUUUCAGAUGUCUGUUGCUACAACACUGUUAAGCUCCAGUUUGGCUCACUGAAAGGUCGCUAACUAAAUGAAUAAGGUCAACUGGAAACAUGCUUUCACUUUUUCUCCAGUGUGUUGCACAAAGGUCUUGUAGAAAGGCUCGGUGGGUUUGAGGUGUGUGUGCACGUGUGUGAUAAUAACUGAUCUUAUUAUUCUGAAAGGUUGAACAUGUAUUAAGGGCUUCCUGUAUUGCAAACAAAUGAAACACCUACAAAGCGCCUUAUUUCAUCAACUUUGUAUUUUCUUUUGAAUCUCUAAACGUUGUGGCUUAUUACUUUCACCAACUACUUGAGUAUUUAACUGUUCUGAAAUAAAACAUGUUGCAUCAUGGGGAAUAUAUGGCAUUGACCUCAACAUAUUCAACUGGAAUUGUUGUUUGAUGUUUUGUUGGAAUAACAGCUAAUAGUGUGGAGUUUCUAGUUAACAGUGGACAGACAGGUCAAGCAUAAGGAAGACAGGUUUGUCCAGCUGUACAGGCAGACAUACGAGACAGGUUAGUGAGUUCAGGAUGAGUGUCUGUGUGGGUUUCUGGGAGAGAGGUGGAGGAAAAUGCCUGCACAUUAAUACAAGUAUAAAUGUAUCAUUUUAAAUAUAAAACUAUAAAUAUUGUAUAGAAUGUCAUUCAUUUUUAUAAUCUUGACUGUACAUGUAAUGCAACCACCUUUCUUUUUGAAAGGAGUCUUUGAUGUUUUGUACAUGUAUGUAAAUGAUGUUUGCGUAGCACUUGUUUGCAGCCUUCUCAAUGUAUGUUCGUCAAGGUUCAUUUCCGCGCUUCGAUACGUGUCCACGAUUUAUUAUACUUAAUGGAUUGAUGUAUUCCUAACUUUGUACAUGUUUGUGUCUCUCAUCACAGCAUAUAGUCUGGUCUGCGUUUUGUUCAGCAGUUGUACAGAUGUUACAUAUCACUGCGGCUACAUUACAGUAGGAGAAUAAAGCACUUGUUCUGUAACAUUA